CAAGGGAAAGAAGAAGAAUUGAGAAGAGUACCUAAAGGGUACAACAAUAGAAGAAAAAGAUCGAAGUGCGACCCAUUUUACUUAUAUCUUUAUGGAACUUGUGGCCAAUGGCCUUUCCCUACAUAUCCUUCACCAAAUAACCCAUUUCAUCAAACACCUUUCGUGCCUUAUUCUCCACCCCCAUUUCAUUACUAUCCUCUUACGCCCCCACUAGUUAUCCCUCCGCCGUUACUUCCAUCUCCACCACCUCCACUCGUAUUUUCUCCUCCACCACCAUCUCCAUGGUGGUUAUCAUCGUCACCACCGCCGCCUCCUCCUGAUCCUAUACCAUGGUAUAUUUCAAUUCCACCACCACCACCUCCUCCUGACCCUAUACCAUGGUAUAUUACAGCACCGCCACCACCACCUCCAGAUCCUAUACUAUGGUAUAUUACAGCACCACCGCCUCCGCCUCCAGAUCCUAUACCGUGGUAUCUUUCAGCUCCACCACCACCGUUGCUUCCCAAUUGAGUUAUUCACUUUGUUAGUUAGGUACUAUUUUGAAGUAAGCAAUUGCAGCUUGUGAUGUGGGUAAACAAGAAAAAGGUUGUUAUACUUUAUACACAAUGAAACAUUGAAUAAGUUUAACAAAAAAGAAUUUAAAAAAAAUAACAGUUUGCAUGCCUCACAAUAAUCAGAUAAUCACCAUGUCGAGCAAUCCUCCCAAGAGCCAUACUUAGAGCUUAAAGUCCCUCCACCGCUCUGCUGUGCAUACUCUGAAUAUAUAUAUGUGUAUCUGAAUGUAGUUAAUUAAGCUGUAAAUUAGGUUAUAUAUAUAUGUAUUUGAAUAUAGUUAAUUAGGUUGU